UAACUCCAUCCCUGUCUCCAUUAUCGCAAUACUAACAUUAACAAACAACAAAAGCGGUUACUUUAAUCACACUGCAAAUGGAUGGCAGAGGAGGUUGUUGCAUCGCCCGCUAUGUACCCGGUGCAUCGCACGUCUCCACCGUCGACAAAAUAAUGCUUAGGUUUCGCCCUAUCGCUCCCAAACCCGUCGCCGCAUCCUUGGCUUCGGAUGCUUCUUCCUCGGAGAGCAGCGACACCUUACUCAAAACCAGAACCGCAAAGAGAAAGUGCGCAAGCGAUAUCAACCGUACCGCCAAACGAAGGACCCGCCGCAGGAAGAACACAUCCUCUCCGAAGCAGAAGCCGCCGACGGUGACUCUUCCUCUGUUGCCGGAGACUCCCGUUCUGAAGGAUUCUCCUGCGGGGGAUCUAACUCCACCGGUAGCAAAGGAAGCACGAAACAACGACAUUGGCAACAUCAACAACUACUUGAAGAAGAGCGUGCCGAUGUGGGUGAGUUUCCAGAACUGGAGCUUGACGAGCAAGGUUGAACCGUACGGUGCGAUUAUGGGAGGGUGGUGUUCGUGUGUGACGGUGGAGUGCGUGACGAACACGUGGGUGGAGGGCGAGUGGCUGGGGAGUACGGACGAGGAGCGGAGGGUGAGACUUAGCAGGGACACGUGUCCGGGGUUCAUAUCGGACGGGCACGGGAGGGUGACGUGGACGAACGAGGCGUACGGUGAGAUGAUGAAGGGAGAAAGACAGGCACCUGUAUUUCUGGUGAUCAAAGAGGGUGCACUGGUUUCGUAUCCUUCCUUCACUUGUAAGGUGAAGAUGGUGAAGUAUUCGUUUGGGAGGGAGAGAGGUUCGCUUACGUUAAGCUGUGAUGUGUGGAGAAUGGAUUUUGGUGGUUUUGCAUGGAGGUUGGACGUUAAAACUGCUUUGAGAUUGGGUUACUGAUUCCAGAUAUCAUACAAAGACAUCGCUUUUAAUCCCAAUCGAACACUUUUCGUUGAAGUGCUCAGAACUGUGAAUAUAUGAAUCUAUAUAUAUAACUCCCGAGGCCAGCCUGCAUGACUGUAAAUUAAUGCAUGUAUCUCGUCUUUUGUUCCUUAGACGAUUUUCCAGUUUGAGCUUUAAUCACUAUCUUGCAACAUACCCUUCUGCCAAGUAAAAGUAUUAUGUUGCUUCCAUCUCUUUAUUUCAUGGAUUGAAUUUUGUUGUUUGAGAUGGUGCUGGGUAAGGUGGGAAAAAAAGGGCGAAAAAUGUGUUCUGGGGGAGAUUGUCGCAACCCUAUUCAAUGUCACUUGAGAUGCCAUUAACCUAUGUAACUCUGGCGUCUGCUGAUUGCACCACGUUGUUGAGUCCAAGCCAAACGUGUAAACUUUUACUUUUCCAGCAUCUCAUUUGGAUUUUA